AUGACCCAAGAUCGCAUAAUACCAGCUACGCAAAGUUUGUUAUUCAUAGGCAAUGGACCAUGCCAAUUUAUUAGCCCCGAGUUUUGUUUUCAAAGCCACAACAUCAUGCUACACUGCUUGAGUCAUUCACUAUGGAGCGCUCUUUUAUCAUUUUCAUAUCGACUGUAUGUCUUGCACCACCCUAUGCCAAGAUCAAGUACAUUACGUAUUCUUAUUUUUCUCUGCUACCUACCAUCAUUUUUCCAGUUGAUAGCUUUGGGUAUGUCGAGCGAUUCUGCUGUGAUGAUGGAGGAGAUCCUGCGCACGCACUAUCCGCAGUACGAUAGUCAUAGCGGCGUCGUAUAUGGAAUAAAAGAACUCAAAUGGGGUCUCAUAUACACGAUCCUGUAUGUGACUCUACCCGUGACACCAAUAUAUAUCGCCAUUGUGAUUAUACGCUCAAAGAUUGUGGGUCAUUUGGACAAGGUGGAGAAUAUGUCGACACAAACGAAACUCAUGCACGAACAGCUUUUAAAGGUACUCACAUAUCAAGCCCUCUUACCUAUGCUUUACCUUAUAGCUGUCAUUUCAUACGCGUUAGGCGCCCUGAAUAUUUAUCAUCAUCCUCUGCUGGAGUACUGCGUAUUCAUAUUUUUGACACUGAUUUCGACGCUUGCUCCUCUUGUGUCACUCUAUUUUGUGCGUCCUUACUCUAAAUGGAUUUCAAGCCGCAUAUUCAAACAAAGGAAAGCUGAUGCUGUUAAAGCGGGUGGGGGAUACCCACAAAAGGCGACAAAUCCCAGUGCAUCUGCACCAGGUGGCAACCUGUGA